CGGCAGUUGCAUGGAGUAGUGUGAUGAUAGAAGUUCGAAAGAACAUUGUUAUUUUUAACAAUGAUGUUUAUUGUUUUUGGCGAUCGUCAGAAUAUGUUUAAGACUAUUCUUUGUCUUAACUUUUGUCUUUCAUCAAGCUUUGCUAACAGUACUUUAGCGCUUAGUAGCACAACAUACCAAUAUCCAGAAAGCAGCUUCAAUUACAACACAAAUUCAACCAAUGCUGUGGAUGGGCAGAAGUCGGAUUUAGACCUCUAUGGUGGGCAAUGGAUAAAUCCUAAAGAAUUGAUGAGUUGCAAAGAUGAACAAAUAGAUGGAAUAUUAUGGAAUACUACCAUUGCGGGACUAACUUUAAAAGAGUCGUGUCCUAAAUAUCAAAAAGGUGUAGCAACAAGAUUUUGUGAUGAACAUGGAGAAUGGGAACCUCCUAACUUUAUCAACUGCACCAACGAAGCUUUGGUGAAUGCAUCGUCACUUUUGGAAAGUAUCAUCGGAAAUGAAACACGGGGUCAAAUCCAGGAGACGGUUAACAAUACUCUACGACUGAUGAAGAACCUGACAUCGUCAAGAAUCGGUGCUGGUGAUCUGAGUUCGUCUCUGGGCGUUUUAGAGAAGAUUGUAACAGUAACCAACGCUACAAGAUUACCUAUCGAAAAAGAGGUAUUUUACGCUGUUAUUGAUAACAUUUUAUCGCCCAAUAACUCAAACGCUUGGACUACUGUAAGCAAAGAGACAGAAAAAGACCCCAGCUUUCUCCUAAAAAAUAUGGACCGUUUCAGCAAGAUUACACUCCGAAACGACAAUAUUACAACGACUAAAUUUAACGGAUCUAAUUUUGAGCUUGUUAUCAACCGGGCAAAAAUCGAUGAAACGGGAAUACGUUUUCCGGAUGAACAAUCAAACAACGUUUUUCUAAACUCCGAAGAACAUCCUACCUUUCUAAAAUUACCAAAACAAGCAUCAAACGCUACAAAAGCGAUCAACUAUGUUGCUGUUCUAUGUAAAACAAUGUCAGACAUUCUGGGAUCUGAUUCUAACAGUAAAGGGUUGAAAGGCAAACAGGGGGAAAAGUCUAAGCAAAGAUCUUUUGUCAAUUCCCCAAUAUUGUCCAUCACGACACAGGAAGACCUAGGAGUGUUAAAUCCACCUCUCAAUCUAACGUUUGGACACACUGUAAAAAAUACGUCUACAGAAAUGCGCGCUGUAUGUGUCUCCUGGGAUUUCAAUCUAAAUAAAUGGUCGGAGGAAGGAUGCUCUGUGAACCAAACAGAUCACCAGAGAACAGUUUGUCAUUGCAACCAUCUCACAAACUUUGCUAUUUUAAUGAGACCAUACACUCAGGUAUCAGAAGAAAGUCAAUUCUUAAAAACGAUGUCACUUGUUGGAGUAUCUCUCUCCAUAGCUUUUACGUUUCUUACUUCUUUGAUUUACAUCCUGACAUGGAGAUUUAUCAGGAGUGACAAAAACAUCAUGAUACUGAAUAUAUGUGGAUCGUUAAUACUGUCGUAUACAAUAUUUAUAUCGUCAGUGGAACAGACAGCGAAUGAGGUUGCUUGCGUCGCGAUUACGGCCAUUAUCCACUACCUUUUCUUAGUGACCUUCUUCAGUAUGCUUGGGUUAGGUGUUUAUUACUUCAUGAGUAUUACAGUGACUUACUAUGCCCUGUAUGUUGCAAACAACUUCAAGUCGAAAUCAAGGGUCCGCUGGUUUCUGGGUGGAAUCUGGGGUAUACCGGUCAUUAUUACUGCAACAAAUCUUGGAGCGUUUUGGGGUAAAGGAUACCACCUAAAGUCGUACUGCUGGUUGUCCAUCGAAAGUGGCUCUCUCUAUUUGUUUAUCAUUCCAGUUUGUCUGAUUAGUUUGAUCAAUAUUCUUAUAAUUGUUUCACUUUUGAGGGUGUUGUUUGCUUCGAGCAUAGUGGCAAGAUCUUCACUGCAAAGGAAAGCGUCAUCCGGUCUGCGGUCCCUUGGGACACUUCUGCCAGUUCUAGGAGUAACUUGGCUGUUCGGAAUCCUGGCAGUUAACGAAAACGCAGUUGUGUUUCAGUAUUUGUUUGUCAUUGCAAAUUCAUUCCAGGGGUUCUUCAUUUUUGUUUCACACGUUUUGUUGGACAAAAAGGUGAGGCAAGGCAUAUGGAAUAGAUACCCGAGUUUGAGUACAAUAUUGAGUUUUACUGAGCGAGGGACAAAAGAAACUACUCUUAGUUCACAAAGCCCGUCGACAUCUAAAUCUAAUGAACCAUUGAUGAAACCUAAGAAAAAGAGUUUGCUUAAAAGAUUUCGGCAAACCAAAGUGAAGAAGUCUGCGUUAUCAAUGUCAGAAAAAACGAUGUCUACAAGUUGUCCACAAAGUGUUUCUCAUGCAAAAAGAAAUGAAACAAAUUCUGAUUAAACUUCUAAUUUGUGAACGAAAAGAGAAAUGUCGCAGACCGAAGAGGACAAUU